CGAAGCGGGCACAGAAAGAAGAAAACAAAAUACUUUCCAUUCCAGUGAUUUCAUUUGUCGUCCAAUGGUCACGGUAAGCAGAUCGUUUGGCGCUUCCACCGAGUGAGGUGCCCUCGUCGAACUUCCGGAAAAUCGGAACCAAAACAAACCCGCGGGAAUAGUGUCUGUGAAUAUUUCAUUCGGCAGUCAUUAUGUGACAUUUAUGCUAGGUGUAAUGAUUCGAAAUCUCCGAUAAAUUGGUUGACAACAGUGAGCUCAAACUGUGAGUGAUAAUUGAUUGUGUAUGUCAGGCAACGUGUAAAUAGUUGUCUUACGUGUGGACUGUGAUCAACUGAUUCGGUGCAGUGAGCAAGCCCGAAGCAGUCAUUGUGUGUUUGCAUUUUGUUCAACAUUAGCUGCAACGAGUGUUCGUUUCUGGAAUGGUUUAUUGCAUUUUCAAUUAGCAGUUAUUUGGAACAGCGCUUGCAUCUGUUUCGUAGUCGCCGGUUCACCGGACCAGCCCACAGCGAAUCCAACGUCGACGACAGCGACGCCGAUAGUGCUGCUUGGUUAGGCAGUCCAUUCUAGAGGAGCCCCAGCAGAAAGCCUUACCGACUCGAUCUCACGAGACAUAUGAGGGGUGCUCCAGCGGGCGCAGUUAGUUUGAUUCAGUGCCUCUCGGCGAGCACAUCGUUCAUCGAGUCAACGCGGGGUGGAAGCGACGAUAGACCGAAUUGCGCUUUUGCAUCUCUGGCAAAAGUAGGUUCCAAAAAUCUUUCCGAUUCGCUAUUCAGUGGGGGGCCCAAGAGCGCGGUGCGUGGGAAAACGAUCGAAGAAAAGUGUGUUCAUUACGUAAGCCGUGAGCAAUUAGUGUCGUUACCUACAGCUGGGGAGUCAUUUUGUGGUCGGAACGUGAGAUUCGGUGUGUUGGGUGUUGGUGUUCUCCGUCCGGCUCAGUCGCACUGGCGGGUUGGUGUCGCCGCAGGUCAGAGUGUAUUCGGUGAAUUUGCGUGUGCCAGUUCGAUAAUAACCUACCCAUCUAGUGACGGUGAAGUGAUCUAAUGUUUGCGGCUCGACAGGUCGUUUGAGUGCGAACUUGAGCCACGUGAAUCAUUACGCGCGUCUACGCCUAACCUGUCCGAAAGGUGUUGCGGGUACGAGUUGAAACCGAAAUCAAUUCGCUCGCAGGGAAAAUGGCUGUGCUGGGCCUGUUGCAGGUGCUGUUUGGCGUGAUCUUGGUGUUCCGGCCCGCCGUCGGUAAUGAUAACCUCCGGGUGGCUUACCAGUGGAGCCAGAUUGACUUUGAAUUCCCGUCCGAGGCCGAGCGGGCGAAUGCCAUUGCCUCGGGGGAUUACGUCGCGGAAAAUGUGAUUCCGGUCGGACUGGAAGUCUACAAGAGACGCCUGUUUCUGACACUGCCGAGGUGGAAAACUGGAAUUCCCGCUUCGCUCGUUUACAUCAAUAUCAACGAAACAAGCAGCCAGUCGCCUAAGCUACGACCGUACCCGAGCUGGAAUGCUCACCGUCUAACGACCGACGGUGAAGCACCGGAAAUUGUUUCCCCAUUCCGGAUAAGAGCCGAUCGCUGCGGACGUCUCUGGGUUCUGGACACCGGCAUAGCAGACCUUCUGGGUUCGGCCAAGUCCUUGGCGCCUACCUCUCUAUUGGUGUACGAUCUGCACAAUGACAAUCUUCUCAGGCGCUACAAAUUUCCGAAAGAUCAUGUGAAGGAGGCCUCUUUCUAUGCCAACAUUGCAGUUGAAGAUUCCAAUUGUGACGACACGUACGCCUAUGCUGCUGACCUUGGCGCUCCCGGUUUGGUUGUGUACUCCUGGAAGCUUCAAGAAUCUUGGCGGGUCCAACACCACUUCUUCCAUCCAGACCCACUGUCUGGAAACUACACCAUUACCGGAAUAUCAUUCCAAUGGGAUGAUGGACUUUUUGGAAUGGCACUGUCCAGACCCCAGUCUGAUGGAUUCUCAACCAUGUACUUCCAUCCCCUUAGUUCAACAAAUGAGUUCUCUGUGUCUACAAAAGUUCUUCAAAACCAAACCCUAGCCACCUCCGACAAAAUAUACAAAGAAUUCAAGGUGCUUGGAUCGCGUGGACCGAACGGCCAAGCUGGGGUUGCAUUCUUGGACCAAAAAACUGGAGUGAUCUUCUAUGCGUUGCCCAAUCUGAAUGCCGUGACCUGCUGGAAAACUUCAAACCGAGCCUACACUAUCAAAUCGGUUGGACGCGUGUACAUGAGCACAACAGACAUGGUGUUCCCCAACGACGUCAAGGUGGAUGACGAGAGCAACCUGUGGGUCCUAUCAGAUCGACUUCAUCAAUACAUGUACGCCAGCCUUGACCCAAAGGACGUCAAUUUCCGAAUAUUGACCGCAACCGUGAAAGAUGCCAUUGAAAACACAGCCUGUGAUACUAAGAUCAAACCUCUGCCGGAUAUUAUAACCAACCUGGGCGACAUACUGCGACCGUCAACUUCACCGGUUCCUCCGAAAUCCGGAGCGCCGCUGGUGCUUGCCUCCCACUUGGUCCUUGUACUCACUACUUUUGUCAAGUUGAUUCUAUGAACCGCCCAUUAAUUGCAAAGAAAGUGGUGCUAGAAUAAUCAAUCCUAAACCUUUUCAAUUCACUCAGUCUCACUAAAGACUCAAAACUACAAAACACAACAACUCUUUAGAUUUUACUUUCAUGUGUAGCACAAUGCUUAAAAAGUACCACGCAGAACCAAGGAAGCACAAAAACUAAUUAAAACAGUCAAAUAACGUUAAGUGAGGGCGAUUGUUUGUUACUCCAUUUACCUGUAAAAAUCUACAAGAACUAUUGUAACAUAUUUUCACUUAAAUAGAUAAGAAAACAUUAGCAUUUUAGGGAAAACCUUCGCAGGAAUCGUCAGACGAGAUUCGAAAGAUUACCAGAUUAUAAGGAUUGUUGAAUAAUCAGUAUUGGAAACGAACAAUCAUAUUCUUGUUUUUAAACUAUACCAAUGUAAAUUAUUGUUUUAACUAUAUAUUUAUCUUGAUUGUGGAGUCGAUCGGAAACCAGACUCUUUUUAAUCGCAUGCAUCCACGUGUGUAGGGCAAAUGUGACGAAACUACAUAUCGAGGAACAAAAACUAAAUGUGCUAUAUUUGCUAGCUGAUUCGGAAUAUCAAAUUGUGAACAUGUCCAAAAGACGAAUGUUUUAGCAGUCGUAAAAGGUUGAUUUUUGCUAUCAAGAUGCUUUCCGCGUAAAUUGAGCCGUCCAGAAGUGUCAUAUCAACGUGUUGUUAAGUCAUAUAACAAGAUGGAAAGAAGUAUAGUUGUUGCAAAAACCA